ACUGUGUUAAACCCUUGUUGAGCGACACUGGUCUGAGUCUAAAAGACUCUCAAAGACUGCAACUUUAACUGUCUCUGUGUUUCUUUUUCAUCUCUGUUCCGACAUGUCGUUGUGUACAUCUAAUCUCCAUCCUUCAUCUUCUUCUUCCAUCAAUCUCUUCUUCAACAAUAACACCUCCCCAAAACCCUUUCUCAACUCUCUCCGAUUCGCCACCUCUACUUCUUCUUCCUCCUCUGUCGCUCCCCUCAAACUCUCUUCCACCAAUCACACCCUUACCUCUCGUUUCCUUUCAAACCGAAUCCAAAGCCGCCAACUUUGGCUUCGUUGCGCCACGUCAGAGUCCGAACCGUCUAUCUCAGUUGUUCCCGGCGGUAACGGCGGCGCUGAAGAGAGAGUAAUAGUUCUCGUAAUCGGCGGCGGAGGGAGAGAACACGCCCUCUGUCACGCCUUGAAACGCUCUCCUUCCUGCGGCUCCGUGCUAUGCGCUCCCGGAAACCCCGGCAUCACGAGCUCCGGAGAUGCUGCUUGCGUACCUGACCUCGACACUUCAGACAGCUCAGCUGUCAUCUCUUUCUGCCAGAAACAGAACGUCGGUUUAGUGGUUGUCGGUCCUGAAGUGCCACUUGUCGCCGGUCUAGCCAACGACCUGGUCAACGCCGGUAUACUCACCUUUGGACCUUCUUCUCAAGCUGCUGCUUUGGAAGGUUCCAAGAACUUUAUGAAGAAUCUUUGCCACAAGUACAGUAUCCCUACUGCAAAGUAUAAAACAUUCUCUGAUGCAUCUGCUGCUAAAGAGUACAUUCAAGAGCAAGGGGUACCGAUCGUGAUCAAAGCAGACGGAUUAGCAGCAGGAAAAGGAGUCACUGUCGCCAUGGAGCUAGAGGAGGCUUUCGAAGCUGUUGACUCGAUGCUGGUGCAAGGCGUGUUCGGUUCCGCAGGAUGUCAGGUGAUAGUGGAGGAGUUUCUGGAGGGAGAAGAAGCUUCCUUCUUUGCGCUCGUGGAUGGAGAGAACGCCAUUCCUCUAGAAUCUGCUCAGGACCACAAGCGUGUUGGAGAUGGAGACACCGGUCCGAACACUGGAGGGAUGGGAGCUUAUUCUCCUGCACCGGUUUUGACCGAGGAGCUGCAGGAUGUGGUGAUGGAGACUAUAAUCCAUCCUACUGUUAAGGGAAUGGCUGAAGAAGGGUGUAAGUUCGUUGGUGUUCUGUUUGCUGGUCUCAUGAUUGAGAAGAAAUCCGGUUUACCUAAGCUGAUUGAGUUCAAUGUCCGGUUUGGAGAUCCAGAAUGUCAGGUACUGAUGAUGCGUCUAGAGUCUGACUUAGCCAAAGUUUUGCUAGCGGCUUGUAGAGGCGAGCUAAAGGGUGUGUCGCUGGACUGGUCUAAAGAUUCAGCAAUGGUGGUUGUAAUGGCGAGCAGAGGCUAUCCUGGUGCUUACGAGAAAGGAACCGUCAUCAGAAACCUUGAAGAAGCUGAGAGGGUUGCUCCAGGGGUGAAGGUUUUCCAUGCGGGGACGGGUCUUGAUGAAGAAGGGAACGUUGUGGCGAGUGGGGGACGUGUUCUUGGUGUCACGGCUAAGGGUGGAGACUUGGAAGAGGCGCGAGAAAGAGCGUAUAUGGCGGUCGGAAAGAUCAACUGGGCGGGAGGUUUCUUUAGGAGUGAUAUUGGUUGGAGAGCGCUUCUACAGAAACAACAAGUAGGUUCAAAAGAGUGAAGAGAGAAACUUUUGUUUGUAAUGUUGCGCUUGUAACCAAUUGAAAUCUUAUUAUGAUAAUAAAUUCACCAGGCUUAAGGGUAAA